AUCAUCAUCAUUAGCAUAUUCGUAUUUCUAGCCACACCACCCCCACCACUACUACUACUACUACUACUACUACUACUACUACUACUAACGCCGUCGCCGCCCACACCGCCAUGACAAUUCGACAACAACCAGUGAUGUCGCUAGUUUUCUCUGUAGUGUAGAACAGAAUCAGUUUACGGCCAGGCUACCACCACCACCUUUACUUAUAGUAUUACUACUACCACCGCCACCACCUUUAUCAAUAGUAUUACUACUACUACUACUACUACUACUACUAACCACCGACACCAUUAUCGCUGCUUCUGUUACCACCAACACACACAAACAACCACUAAUCACCACCAUCACUACUAGUCUCUUGUAGCAGCACCACCACCAACCCACCACUAUCUGUACUAGCGCCCAGACCCUCAUCACACCUCGAUAAUAUUGUUGCCUGGAAGUGAAAAUACCAUUGAGGAGGCGCAAGUGGACCACCAAAGAGAUAGCAGGUUACCCGCUGGCUUCUUCUGUUUGUUAUUGCAAUGAUGCUUGGCAGAUAUUCAGUUAGGAACCACAGUUAUGAAAAACAAAUGUCUGAUGAUGUUGUCCCUCCUGUUGGCUGAUGAUUUUUCUCUUCUGCCCUGAUUGACAAUGGCCAACCAUAAACAAGGUUCUUCUGAGAUGGAUUAUUUCAGGGAAAGGACCCUUGUACAAAGCAGACCCUUUAUCUAGGUUGAUGUCACUGUUGGAGCCCUCACCAAGUGCUGCAUAUCAGACACCUGCCUUGCCCAUGUUCAGACCGACAGAUGCUGCAGACCUUUUGGCUGCUUCAUCCUCAUAGAUAUGUUCCACUACUUGUGCUGAUAAUUUUAUUCGAUCCAGAUUCUUUAGAAUGCACUUCUGGAGUCAGAGCUGCCACGGAAAAAGAGGUCUCCGAACUAGUUGACCGCAAUCCAUCUAAAAUCUCUCAUGAGCAGCAGGAGCCCCAAGAAUUUCGCAGACAACCCCAGCACUCUCACCAUCACCAAGCACACAAACAAGAGCAGCAACAGUCCUACACACAAUACCUGUCAUUGUCUACCAGGAAAUUUACUGUUCCGUCCAUGAAGCAUUUGGCCACCCUUACUAGCCAGCAUGCAGCCACAGCGAAAACUCUUCCAGCCAAAAGCAAUAGCCAGAGGGAUCCAAGUAGUUCAGGGCCAAUGUUCAGAUUGGAAAGUUUGUCAACACAACAGCCUUUAACCCUUUCAUCUAAUAUCUCUGGCCAGAGGUCUGGGCCUUUGAGCCAGUCUCUGGAGUUUGUCCUGCAAAGAAAGCGAAUACUUCGCAGAAAUAUAAUCACGCCAAAGAUUAGCAGCGCUUUGAGCCAGCCUCCUUCCUUUCAUUCUUCUAACACUCAACUUCCAACGACGAAGACGACACGCACUCGCGCUCAUCCACUCCUUCCACUGACGAUUGCGAUUGCCACAAAGUCAGCGGACCAUGUGAGAAACAUGCAAACUCACCAGAGUUCCACUUUGAGAAAGAAAUUACUGAACUUUGAAGAAUUCGUUGAGACAGGACAGUGUUGUGUUGUUGUGAAGCUCCGUUCAGCCCGAAGCGCAACAUCAUUGGCACCAAUAUCAACAACUCCAACAUCAGUUAGAACUUGGUCACCAUUUAGGGUCCAACAGACGACGACAGGGACAACAACAAUACAACAAAGUACAUUAGCAGCAGCAGCAGCAGAAAUAGCAAUGAAUAUCUCCCAGACUCACAGCAGCAACAGCAGCAGUAGCAGCAGUAGUGGUGGGAGUGGUGGGGGUAGCGGAGGAGGUAAUAGUAGCAGCAGCAGCAGUGGCAGCCAGGUUGUGAUAACGGUGAACAAUGCCACCCAAACAGGGGGCGCUGCAACCACCACCACCACCACCACCACCACUACCCAUCCUGAUACUGGCAUGUUGAACUCCUUCACAUCGGGUCCGUCUACCGGUGGUGACAACCCUGCCCUCAUUGCCAACGGCACACGGACACUUUCCACAUUGGGUCCCCUCUCCAGUGACCAUACCCGGGUGGCAUCCAAUUACUCCACAGAUACCGGUUCCGGCACCCAUGCCACGGACACAUAUCUUAGCACACCAGAAAUAAUUGGUAUCUCAUUUGGAGCAGCAAUUAUUAUUUUGGGUAUCAGCAUUCCUUUGAUCUGUUGGGUUCACCGGAAAUACAUGAAUAGGGCAGCGAAACACUACAAGGAAUACUGGGACGACAAUGUGAACCUGAGUUACAUCAAUGGACACUUAGAUGCACCGAGGGUAAGUAGACAAGGUGUGUGUGAGAGCUUAUGAUUAGUGAUGACAAAAUAUGUACAGUGAGUAAAUAAAUGUAGGUUUGAAUGAAACUAAAGUAUUUGACUGAUCACUGAGUAGGGUUGUUACAAGACUCAUGACCUUUAUUGCUCCUUUUACAGGUUUAAGAUUCAGUUUAAAUUUGUGUAGGUGAACAUGGACAAAACAGGUGAACAUGGACAGAAACUUCAGAGAGCACUGACACUGCAGAUGAAUGAGCCUAGCAAGAGAGUCAUUAUAAGGACAUUUCACCAAAAGGA